CGUCCCCCUCCGUUGGCCUGCAGUCUACUGAGCGUCUGGAUUUCUAUUCUGGAGGGAAGGCUGUUUGAAUUUACGAGUACAAAAUGGUAGGUUGAGUUUAUCUGAUGGGAUUCGAUGAGGCGGCCUCUUUCGCCAAUCCCACGCAGAUCUUUGCGGACGAUGUGAUCGAGGAGAAGGGCGAGAAUGCCCGGCUGUCGGCGUUUGUGGGUGCUAUUGCUGUUGGGGAUCUGGUGAAGAGCACGCUGGGGCCCAAGGGGAUGGACAAGAUCCUGCAGUCGGCGUCGACUGGGGAGAUUCUGGUGACAAACGACGGAGCAACGAUCCUGAAGGCGAUCGCGCUGGACAAUGCGGCGGCCAAGGUGCUGGUCAACAUCUCCAAGGUGCAGGACGACGAGGUAGGCGACGGGACGACGUCGGUGACGGUGCUGUCAGCGGAGCUGCUGCGCGAGGCGGAGCAGCUGGUGAGCCGGAAGAUCCAUCCGCAGACGAUCAUCGAUGGGUACCGGAUAGCGAGCAAGGCGGCGCUGGCGGCGCUGGAGAAGACAGCAGUGGACCGCAGCCAGGACGCGGAGGCGUUCCGCAAGGACCUGCACGCGAUCGCGCGCACGACGUUGAGCUCGAAGAUCCUGGCGCAGGACCGCGACCACUUUGCGACGCUGGCGUGUGAUGCGGUGCUGCGGCUCAAGGGGUCGAUCGAUCUCAGCCACAUCCAGAUCAUCAAGAAGGCGGGCGGCAAGCUCAGCGACUCGUACCUCGACGAGGGCUUCAUCCUCGAUAAGAAGAUCGGCGUCAACCAGCCCAAGCGGCUGGAGAAGGCCAAGAUCCUUGUCGCCAACACGGCCAUGGACACCGACAAGGUCAAGAUCUUCGGCGCCCGCGUCAAGGUCGAGUCGACGGGCAAGCUGGCCGACCUGGAGAAGGCGGAGCGCGACAAGAUGCGCGCCAAGGUCGAGCGCAUCAAGGCCCACGGCAUCAACUGCUUCGUCAACCGGCAGCUGAUCUACAACUGGCCCGAGCAGCUCUUCACCGAGGCGGGCAUCAUGUCCAUCGAGCACGCCGACUUUGACGGCAUCGAGCGCCUGGCGCUGGUCACGGGCGGCGAGAUCGCCUCCACCUUCGACCACCCGGACCAGGUCAAGCUGGGCCAGUGCGACCUGAUCGAGGAGGUCAUCAUCGGCGAGGACACGCUGAUCAAGUUCUCCGGGGUUGCCGCCGGCCAGGCCUGCACCAUCGUCCUGCGCGGCGCCACCGAGCAGCUGCUCGACGAGGCCGAGCGCUCCCUGCACGACGCCCUCGCCGUCCUCUCGCAGACGGUCAAGGACCCGCGCGUCACCCUCGGCGGCGGCUGCGCCGAGAUGGUCAUGGCCAAGGCGGUCGAGCAGGCCGCCCAGAACACCACGGGCAAGAAGCAGAUCGCCGUCGACUCGUUUGCCCACGCCCUCAAGCAGCUGCCCACCAUCCUGGCCGACAACGCCGGCCUGGACUCGAACGACCUGGUCACCCGUCUGCGCCAGGCCAUCAACAACGGCAUGACCAGCUCGGGCCUCGACCUGUUGACUCCCGGCGGCGGCAUCGCCGACAUGCGCGAACUGGGCGUCAUGGAGAGCUACAAGCUGAAGAAGGCGGUUGUCUCCUCUGCCUCGGAGGCUGCCGAGCUUCUUCUCCGCGUUGAUAACAUCAUCCGCGCCGCCCCCCGCAAGCGUGACCGCAUGUAGGAUUAAUGAUGAGGACAAAGGCAAAGAUGACCAAAACAUGAUAGACAUCC